UCCACUGCAUUCCGAUUCCGUCCUCUUCCCCAUCCCCUCCUCGUAUCAUCAUCAUCAUCGGCUCGUCGUCGUCAGCCCCUCCCCCAUGUCAUGCAACGCGGCGUGCGGCGCGACACAAUCACAGCCCCCGCCGGCCGCCACCACUCUACACCCAUUCCCUGAGCAGUGAUCGCCACCUCGCCGUCGGCCGAGCUAGCUUGCCGAAGCUGUCACGAGCUCCGCUAGGCGGCACGUGCGCAGCUGAUCAGUUCGACUAGCUCUCCGCUAGUAGUGCUCGACGUGUGGCAGCCUGACCCGAGCCGGGCGAGGUCCGCGGCUGGGGAGGGCACGGCGCCGCGCAUGGCCGCCGCCGGGCGCGAGCGACGCUGCGUCGUCCGCGCGGCCGUCGUCGUCCUCCUGUUGGUCGCCGCGUCAGUCCCCACGGCGGCGGGCGGCGGCGCGGACGGGUUCAUAACGUGGGAUGACCUCAGCAUCCCGGGGGCAGCCGCCGCCGUGGCCGGGCCGCGCGGCGUGUCGGACGGCGCCGCGGGCGGAAGCGGCGGCGUGAAGGCCAGAGCGCGCCACGACCUGGAGACGAUAGUGGUGUCGCAGGACGGGACGGGGCACUCCCGGACCGUGCAGGGUGCCGUCGACAUGGUGCCCGCCGGCAACCGGCGCCGCGUCAAGAUCCUCGUCAGGCCCGGCGUGUACAGGGAGAAGGUGACGGUGCCGAUCACGAAGCCCUUCGUGUCGCUCAUCGGCAUGGGCACCGGGCGCACGGUGAUCACCUGGAACGCCAGGGCGGCGGACAUCGACCCGUCCGGCCACCAGGUCGGCACCUUCUACUCCGCCUCCGUCGCCAUUGAGGCCGACUACUUCUGCGCCAGCCACAUCACCUUCGAGAACUCCGCGCCGGCGGCGCCGCCGGGGGCGGUCGGGCAGCAGGCGGUGGCGCUGCGGCUGUCCGGCGACAAGACCAUGCUGUACAGGUGCAGGAUCCUGGGGACGCAGGACACGUUGUUCGACAACAUCGGCCGGCACUACCUCUACAACUGCGACAUCCAGGGCUCCAUCGAUUUCAUAUUUGGGAACGCAAGGUCCCUGUACCAGGGGUGCACGCUGCACGCGGUGGCAACGGGCUACGGCGCCAUCGCGGCGUCGCAGCGGAGCUCGCCGGCGGAGGACUCCGGGUUCUCGUUCGUGGGGUGCCGGCUCACCGGCUUCGGCACGCUGUACCUGGGCCGGGCGUGGGGCAGGUACGCCAGGGUCGUCUACUCCUACUGCGACCUCAGCGGCAUCGUCUUGCCCCAGGGCUGGAGCGACUGGGGCGACCGAUCAAGGACAAAGACGGUGCUGUUCGGGGAGUACAGCUGCAAGGGUCCAGGGGCGAGCACGAGGCAGCGGGUGCCUUGGUCCCGGGCGCUCACCUACGAGGAGGCGCGGCCGUUCCUCGGCCGGAGCUUCAUCAACGGCGAGCAGUGGCUCAGGCUGUAGAGCUAUCCAGCUCGGCGGUUCCUCGGUCGGAGCUUCGUCGACGGCGAGCAAUGGCCCAAGCUGUAGAUCCUGAAAGUUCUUCGUCGCACUCCUCUCCCUCUCUUCGGUCUUGUUCAGUGCAGAUAAUGUACCUAGCAUCAGCUUAGUCAGUAGGCAUGUACGGUGUACCAUACACUACCAUGAAACAAACCUGACACGUCCA